GGAAUAGGUUCUCCCAGUGUUUAUCAUGCGGUCAUCGUCAUCUUUUUGGAGUUUUUUGCUUGGGGAUUAUUGACAGCACCCACUUUGGUGGUGUUGCAUGAAACCUUCCCUAAGCAUACAUUUCUGAUGAAUGGCCUAAUUCAAGGAGUAAAGGGUCUGCUGUCGUUCCUUAGUGCCCCGCUUAUUGGUGCUCUUUCUGAUGUUUGGGGCCGAAAGUCCUUCUUGCUGCUAACGGUGUUUUUCACGUGUGCCCCGAUUCCUUUAAUGAAGAUCAGUCCAUGGUGGUACUUUGCUGUCAUCUCUGUUUCUGGGGUUUUUGCAGUGACUUUCUCCGUGGUGUUUGCAUAUGUAGCAGACAUAACCCAGGAACAUGAGAGAAGCAUGGCGUAUGGACUGGUGUCGGCAACAUUUGCGGCCAGUUUAGUCACCAGUCCUGCAAUUGGAGCAUACCUGGGCCGUGUGUAUGGGGACAGCCUGGUGGUGGUCCUAGCUACAGCCAUAGCGUUGCUGGAUAUUUGCUUUAUCCUUGUGGCUGUGCCAGAGUCAUUGCCUGAGAAGAUGCGGCCGGCAUCAUGGGGAGCGCCCAUCUCCUGGGAGCAGGCGGAUCCCUUUGCAUCCUUAAAGAAAGUGGGCCAGGAUUCCAUAGUGCUCCUCAUCUGCAUCACGGUGUUCCUCUCUUACCUGCCCGAGGCCGGCCAGUACUCCAGCUUCUUUCUAUACCUCAGGCAGAUCAUGAAAUUCUCACCAGAAAGUGUUGCCGCCUUUAUAGCAGUCCUUGGCAUCCUCUCCAUCAUUGCACAGACCAUAGUCUUGAGUUUACUUAUGAGGUCAAUUGGAAAUAAGAACACUAUUCUGCUGGGCCUGGGAUUUCAGAUCUUACAGCUAGCCUGGUACGGCUUCGGCUCAGAGCCUUGGAUGAUGUGGGCCGCAGGGGCGGUGGCGGCCAUGUCCAGCAUCACCUUCCCUGCUGUCAGUGCGCUCGUGUCGCGAACUGCCGACGCCGACCAACAGGGUGUUGUUCAAGGAAUGAUCACAGGAAUCCGAGGACUGUGCAACGGUCUGGGACCAGCCCUCUAUGGCUUCAUUUUUUACAUAUUCCAUGUGGAACUGAAAGAACUGCCCAUGACAGGAACAGACUUGGGGACAAACACAAGCCCACAGCACCACUUUGAACAGAACUCCAUCAUCCCUGGCCCCCCAUUCCUGUUUGGAGCCUGCUCAGUGCUGCUGGCCCUGCUCGUUGCCUUGUUCAUUCCAGAACACACCAACCUGAGCUUGAGGUCCAGUGGCUGGAGGAAGCACUGCGGCGGUCAUAGCCACCCUCACAGCACACAGGCACCAGGAGAGGCCAAAGAACCUUUACUCCAGGACACCAAUGUGUGAGGCCAGUCGGGACCACUCCGGGCUGGAUGCACCUCAGCCUGUGUCCACAGUGGACAUCAAGGUUGGCUUCAUAAGAGCCGCUGCACGAGCUCUGCGGAUGAGAAGGGACCGGACAGUUUUCCAAAGAUGUUACAAUUUCUUUUGCAGAGAAACCUUUUGUUUAUUAGCACCAGUUUCUUGCCACUAAGCUGUUUGUUUUAUUACACAUCUUUUUAUUAAAAGCUAUGUCUGUAACUUGUUAGCUCUUAGUCAUGUCUGCUCCCAUUUCCUCAAGGUGUUGAGCUUUAACUCUCUUCGUGCUGACUCAGUGAGACAGAAGCGGGUGGUUUGGUUGUGGACUUGUUUAACAUUGUAAAAUCUUGAGUCGGAUUUUAAUAUUGUAAAAUCUUGGGUCAAAUAAUUCAAAGCCUUAACGCAGAUGCACUAAAGUAAGAAAUGGUAAUGAAUUGCUUGCUUUAAAAAAAAAACUCUUAAGAAAAUUGUACUGAAUCGGAAUCAUGUUUCCAGCUUGUUUGUUGUAAUUUUAUUUUAAACAUUAUUCACUACUGUUUUUGAAGUGAAGAUGUCAGCCAUUUAGAGUUUAAAUCGGGUGUUGACAGCCUGUAAAUCUAACUGCUGGCUCAAAGUUGUUCCCCAGCUACUUCUGAUACCACUAUUCUUUUGAUGUUUGCAUAAUCAUAAGAACCUCAACACUUGAACACAUCACCUAACGAUUACAUAGUACAGCUGGUAGCCUUGAAACGUCAAUGUGAUCUCUACAUGUAGAUAAAUAUAUAUAGUGGCCUUUCAGGACUGUCACAGUAACACUUAUUUACAGAGCUAAUGUCUGUCCUACAUUUUCAGGACCCUAGAGGAGAGCUUUAUACAAUUACUGAUGUGAAUUUCUCUAAAGUGUAUAUUUUUGUGUCCAGUUAUAUUAUUUAAAAAAGUGUUACUUUGUAAAAAUUGUACAUAAAGUAUUGUAUAGUUUACACUGUUUUCAUCUUGUGUGUGGUUAUUGCUUAAUGCUUUUUAAACUUGGAACACUCACUAUGGUUAAAUAAGGUCUUAAAAGAAAUGUAAAUAUUCUGUUAAUAAAAUUAAAUAUUUUAAUGAUUUUUUUU